GACCAGACAACUCCCGAAGUUUAGCCGGUCUCCUCCCCACCGCAACUUCUGGACCGCCAUCCAACCUGCCUCCUUCGAGCCCCUUCACCGGCCCCAACUCCACUGCUGCCAGCUGCGACUCUCCGACUGCUGCAAAUCCACGCCGUUUCCCACUCUCUGACGACGGUCGGCCCGACCAUCCAGCCUACCGCCUGGCAGAACUCCGGCAAUCGGUGGGUGGUUUCGGGUAAACCCCGCGUGCCUGCGAAGAUGGGGGGCAAGAAGAAGUGGGCAAGAAGGGUGGGCGUUGGGGCAAUGGUAUAAAGGAAGAGGAGGAGAGCCCCCUGGUGGAUGGUUUCUUUGGAAAGAAAAUCUCGCCACGGUUGGAUUUUGCAUACACAAUCAUGGGCGACGCUGGGAUUCCUCAAGACGUCGACACUGCGGCCGUUCUGGCUUGCUUGACUUUGGAGGAGAAGAUCUCUCUCCUGGCAGGUGCCGAUUUCUGGCAGACCGUUCCCAUCCCCGAGAAGGGCGUGCCUUCCGUCAAGGUCUCUGACGGCCCCAACGGCGCCAGAGGAGCUGCCUUUAAGGGCGGGCCGACCGCUGCCUGUUUCCCUGCGUCGGUUCUCCUGGCGGCCACCUGGGAUGUCGAUGCGGCCAAGGCUGUUGGAAAUGCGUUGGCAGAUGAGGCGCGCAGUAAGGGCGCUCGGGCACUGCUCGCUCCCACCGUCUGCCCACACCGACACCCACUUGGAGGUCGCAACUUCGAGUCGUUCUCCGAGGAUCCGCUGCUGGCAGGCAGGAUGGCCGCCCAGUACGUGCAAGGACUGCAGGAGAAGGGAGUCGCGGCGACGAUCAAACACUUUGCCGCCAACGAGCAGGAGACCUCGCGCUUCACGGUCGAUGCGACCGUGCCGGAACGCGCCCUGCGGGAGAUCUACCUCAAGCCCUUUGAGAUCGCCGUCAAGGAGGCCCAGCCGUGGGCCAUCAUGACCUCGUACAACCUGCUCAACGGCCACCACGCCGACUCAAACGAGUACCUGCUGCAGCGCGUGCUGCGCGGCGACUGGGGCUGGAAGGGCCUCGUCAUGAGCGACUGGGGUGGCACCAACUCCACCAUCGAGGCGCUGCAGGCCGGCCUGGACCUCGAGAUGCCGGGGCCGACCCGCGCCCGGGCGGUUGCCCAGGUGGCGGACGCCGUGCGCUCCGGCCAGCUCGCCGAGGAGGUGAUUGACCAGCGUGCGCUGAACGUCCUCGACUUCCUCAAGCGUCUGAACUGCUUCGUCGACCCGACCAUUCCAGACGAGCAGGCCAUCAACCGCCCGGACCACCAGGCCCUGAUCCGCGCCGUGGGCUCGCAGGGAAUCGUCCUGUUGAAGAACAAGGACCAGGUCUUGCCUAUCCGUCCGGAGAAGCUGCCCAAAAAGAAGAUCGCCCUGCUGGGGUUUGCCCGCGAGGCCCUCAUCCACGGCGGUGGCAGCGCCUCGGUCAACGCCCACUACCGCGUCACUCCCGAGGAGGGCUUGAAGGCUGCUUUGGGUGACGAGGUGGAGUUUGUCUACUCGAAAGGAGCACACACCUUCCGCCAGCUCCCCGUGCUCAAGGACAACGUGGUUGACGAGAAGGGCCAGCCUGGUUGGACUCUGCGGCUGACAGUGGCCGGCAGCACUGCACCGACCGAGACCAACGUCGCCGAGUCAACGUACACACCUGUCUUCAUCAAGGAGACGUACGAUGACUGCCGGGCAACGGCACACUUCACGCCGACCGUGACGGGAACGCACUACCUGGCGAUGAGCGGACUGGGGCGGUCGAAGCUGUUCAUUGACGGCAAGGAAGUGUACGAGCAGGACUUCAACUGCCCGGAUGCCAUGGCGUUCAUGCUGGGCGGGUUCAAGGAGCCCGAGACGCGCUUCCGGUUCGAGGCUGGGCAGACGUACAAGAUCGAGAUCCACACUGAACGGCCAACGGAAGAUAGCGGCUUCGCCCUGUUCGACGGCUACCUGGGCUUCCGGUUCGGGUUCAUGACCGAGGAAGACCACGACCGUGACCUGCUCACCGAGGCGGUGCAGGUCGCGCGCGAGGCCGACUUGGCGAUCGUCUUCACGGGCCACACACCCGACUGGGAAACCGAGGGCCAGGACCAGCACAGCUUCCACCUGCCGUCUGACGGGUCUCUAGACCGGCUCAUCGAGGCCGUCAGCGCGGUGAACGCCCAGACCGUUGUCGUCAACAGCACGGGCGUUGCCGUCGCGAUGCCCUGGCUGGACAACGUGCAGGCUGUCGUCCAAGCCUGGUUCACAGGCCAGGAGGCUGGAAACGCCAUCGCCGACGUGCUGACGGGCGCCGUCAACCCGUCUGGCCGGCUGCCUGUCUCUUUCCCGUACGCGCUCGAGGACGCCCCCGCGUACGGGAACUUCCCUGGUGAGGUCAUCGACGGCCAGCUGCGCGUCACCUAUGAAGAGGGCGUCUUCAUGGGAUACCGACACUACGACCGCAACGAGACCACCCGCGCGACGGUGCUCUUCCCCUUUGGCUAUGGGCUGUCCUACACCGAGUUCGCCUGGUCGGAUACCGCCGUGGCCCGCCAACUCGACGACGGCGCCAUCGAGGUGUCCGUCGAGGUCACCAACACGGGCGCCCGAGCCGGCACAGAGACAGUCCAGGUAUAUGCUGGCUCCACUGUCACGCAAACCGAACAGCCCGUCAAGGAGCUCAUGGGCUUCACCAAGGUUCCUCUCCAGCCGGGGGAGACCAAGACGGCCGUCGUGCGCUUCUCGACGACUCAGCUGGCUCAUUUCGACGAGACGACUGCCCGCUGGCAGCUCUCUGGUGGCGAAUAUACCCUCUCCGUCGGCAAGUCGGUGCGCGAUAUCGUCGCCACGGCUGGGGUGUCUGUCGAGGCCAACUCGUGGCUGCCAUGAUUAUGUAUAGAUAGAUAUGACCUAGAUUUCUGCAAGCUUGUUUAGCAUCAAUAUAUCUGCAUUGUAAAUAGAAUACGAUGCUUGGAAAUAUACAUUUUAGAGAAAUAUAAGACAACAAUAUCCACUU